AUGUCCGACGCGCACGCCGCCCCGGCGCCCGACGCGGCCGCCGCGAACCCCGAACCCGCCGAGGAGGAGGACGACGACUUCGCGCACGACGGCGUGCGAAUGACGCGCGACGUCAUCGUGAAGAGCCUGUCGCGCGCGGAUCGCCAGAGGGAGGACUUCGACGCGCACCUGCGCCGACUGACGCAUCUGCGGCUGGACGGCAAGAACAUCGGGCGCGUGGACGCGCUCGCGACGGUCCCGGGCGUCAGGGUGCUGUACCUGUACGAUAACGUCAUCUCGCGGCUCGCGGGGCUCGACCCGCUCGCGCCGUCGCUGACGCAUCUCUACCUGCAAAACAACAACCUCCCGCGCGUCGAAGGGCUCGCGAAGCUCGCGAAGCUUCAGAAGCUCUACCUCGACGGGAACAGGAUCACGUACGUGGACGGCCUCGGCGGAUGCGCCGAGCUCGAGGAGCUGCACCUGAGCGCGCAGCGGUUGGAUCCGGAGGAGGAGCUCGAGUUCGACGCGCAGACGAUGGCGAGCCUCGCGCGGUCUCUGCGCGUGCUCGUCGCGUCGAGGACGCGCGUGCGCGACCCGAGGCCGCUCCGCGCGCUCGCGUCGCUUCGCGUCCUGGACCUCUCGCACUGCCAGAUCGAGGCGACGCGCGACCUCGAGUCCGUGCUGCUGUCCGCGAAGAAGCUCACGUCGCUGGACGCGCGCGGGAACCCGGGGCUGUCGAAGGGUCCGAAGCAUCGACGCGACGCGAAGCUGACGCUGUUGGGGCAGUCGUUG